AUGACCCGACCACUGGUUUUUCGUGAGAAUUUCAGUCUUGCUUGGGAAAUUUUUUCGGGAAUUUCAGGUCAAACCUCAUAUCCUCGUAGGCAUCGUACCUAUUCGGGUACCUCGUGUCGUUCAUCGUUAAGCAUCCGUUCGGCUACGUCCGCAGAAGAUGUUCACCUACCCGUGCCGCUGUGUCGACGGCAUUCCUCUUCGAAUGGCUCCAUUAAUGGAUCACAGAAAUCAACUGGACCGGGUAUCGAAUGGGGAAUUCAAUGA